CCAGGGUGCGCCCGGAGCGCCUGCCGCCGCCGAGUGACCCGGCCCGGUCCGCGCACCGCCGGCCCCGGAUUACCGCCGACCCCGUGGAUUUCCAGACCGCGCCUUCCAACCGGACUCGGAGGAGCCUCUGCAGCUCUUUGGGAAUUAAGCCGCGUAUCCGGACGUUUUUCUCUCUCCCUCACCCCCUUCUCUUUUUCCUGCGAAGAAGCUUAAGACAAAACCAGGAAGCAGACGACCUUUACCUACCCGCGGAUUGAAAGAAAGAGCGAGGAAAACCGAAAGUUGCGGCUCUGCGAGCGAGCCGCGUCCGCCGCGCAUCCGCGGAGCUGCCGCCCGCCGCCGAGGGGCGCACUCCAGAGCCUCGGCCUGGACAGAGGGGCGUCGGGCCGUCCCGGCUCGGGGCAGAGCGCGGCGCACGUCCAUCGCCCCGCAUCCCCUGCGGUGUCCAGAAGGGCAGGGGGAGGGGGACGCCGGCAGAGCGAGCUCGUCCCGCGGCCGCCAUGGGCCGCCGGUGCGCCCUGGCCCUCGCCGUGGUCUCGGCCCUGCUGUGUCAGGUCUGGAGCUCGGGCGUGUUCGAGCUGAAGCUGCAGGAGUUCGUCAACAAGAAGGGGCUGCUGGGGAACCGCAACUGCUGCCGCGGGGGCGCGGGGCCGCCGCCGUGCGCCUGCAGGACCUUCUUCCGCGUGUGCCUCAAGCACUACCAGGCCAGCGUGUCCCCGGAGCCGCCCUGCACCUACGGCAGCGCCGUCACGCCGCCGCCCACUUGUUCGCAAUGCUUUGGAUUUUUAAGGAGCAUUCCCAGUUUACCUGUGUCCCCUCCCUUCUCCCAGGGCACCUUCUCUCUGAUCAUUGAGGCUCUGCACACAGAUUCUCCCGAUGACCUCGCCACAGAAAACCCGGAAAGGCUCAUCAGCCGCCUGGCCACACAGAGGCACCUGACGGUGGGCGAGGAGUGGUCCCAGGACCUGCACAGCAGCGGCCGCACGGACCUCAAGUAUUCGUACCGCUUCGUGUGCGACGAGCACUACUACGGAGAGGGCUGCUCCGUCUUCUGCCGCCCCCGCGACGACGCCUUCGGCCACUUCACCUGCCGGGACAGGGGGGAGAAAGUCUGCAACCCCGGCUGGAGAGGCCAGUACUGCACUGAAGCGAUCUGCUUGCCAGGAUGCGAUGAGCAGCAUGGGUUUUGUGACAAGCCAGGGGAGUGCAAGUGCAGAGUGGGCUGGCAGGGCCGGUACUGUGACCAGUGCAUCCGCUACCCGGGCUGUCUCCACGGCACCUGCCAGCAGCCAUGGCAGUGCACCUGCCAGGAAGGCUGGGGGGGCCUUUUCUGCAACCAGGACCUGAACUACUGCACGCACCACAAGCCCUGCAGGAAUGGGGCCACGUGCACCAACACGGGGCAGGGCAGCUACACGUGCUCCUGCCGGCCCGGGUUCGCCGGGGCCGACUGCGAGGCGGAGACCGAUGAGUGCGCCGGCCAGCCCUGCAGGAACGGCGGCAGCUGCACGGACCUGGAGAACAGCUACUCCUGCAGCUGCCCCCCCGGCUUCUACGGCAGGGUCUGUGAGCUGAGUGCCAUGGCGUGCGCCGACGGCCCGUGCUUCAACGGCGGGCGAUGCUCGGACAACCCCGAGGGGGGCUACACCUGCCAUUGCCCUGUGGGCUUCUCCGGCUUCAACUGUGAGAAGAAGGUGGACGCCUGCAGCUCCUCGCCCUGCGCCAACGGCGCGCAGUGCGUGGACCUGGGCGACGCGUACCUGUGCCGCUGCCUGGCCGGCUUCGCUGGGCGGCACUGCGAUGACAACGUGGACGACUGUGCCCCCUCCCCGUGCGCCCACGGCGGCACCUGCCGCGACGGCGUGAACGCCUUCUCCUGCACCUGCCCGCCCGGGUACGCCGGCAGGAACUGCAGCGCGCCCGUCAGCAGGUGCGAGCACGCGCCCUGCCACAACGGGGCCACCUGCCACCAGAGAGACCGCCGCUACCUGUGUGAGUGCGCCGAGGGCUACGGUGGCCCCAACUGCCAGUUCCUGCUGCCCCCGGUGAACUUCAGCGAGCCGCACAUGGAGGGCCGGGCCGGGCCGCUGCCCUGGGCCGCCGUCUGCGCGGGUGUGGUGCUCGUCCUCGUGCUGCUGCUGGGCUGUGCGGCUGCCGUCGUCUGUGUGCGGCUGAGGCUACAGAAGGCCCGGCCCCCCUCCGACCCCGGCCGCGGGGAGACGGAGACCAUGAACAACCUGGCCAACUGCCAGCGCGAGAAGGAUCUCUCGGUCAGCGUGGUCGCCGCCCCGCAGCUGAAGAACACCAACGAGAAGGCGGACCUCCAGGCGGGCCACGGCGCCGAGAAGAGCAGCCUCAAGGCCCGCUGCCCCCGCCUGGACUGCAACUUGGCACAGGAGCUCACGGGCGACGCCGCCGGCAGGGACCCCCACAGCAAGCGUGACGCCGAGGGCCAGCCUCAGGGCUCUGCGGGGGAGGGGAAGGGCGCCCCGACCCUCAGGGGUAGAGAAGCGUCUGAGAGAAAACGGCCGGACUCUGUGUAUUCCACUUCGAAAGACACGAAGUACCAGUCGGUAUACGUCAUUUCGGAGGACAAGGACGAGUGCGUCAUAGCGACGGAGGUGUAACAUGGAAGUGACAUGGCAAAAUUCCCGUUUCUCUUAAGUGAACGAAAUUCCAAGGAUGUACGCCCCAACGAAUGCUGCUGAAAGAGGAGGGGGCCCUCGCGGGCGCUGCCGGGCGACCGCGCUCGGACCGAGCUGGCUCUCCUCCGAGGCUGGCGGGUGGCGGUGCGGGCCGUGGCUCCGCGGCUCGUCCGGGGGCCUGCGGCCCCGCCUCCAUGACGUCCCCAUUGCACUAUGGACAGUUGCUUUUAAAAAAUAUAUAUUUAAAUGAAUGGACUUAAUUACUACGUAAGGAGCAUGCACUGCCUGAAGUGUAUAUCUUGGAUUCUUAUGAGCCAGUCUUUUCUUGAAUUAGAAUCACAAACACUGCCUUUAUCGUCCUUUUUGAUACUAAAAUGUGUUAUUUCUAGGUGGAAAAGAUGUGUGUUAUUUUUUGGACUUGUAAAAAUAUUUUUCAUGAUAUCUGUAAAGCUUGAGUAUUUUGUGAUGUUCAUUUUUUAUAAUUUAAAUUUUCGGUAAAUAUGUACAAAGGCACUUCGGGUCUAUGUGACUAUAUUUUUUGUAUAUAAAUGUAUUUAUGAAAUAUCGUGCAAAUGUUAUUUGAGUUUUUUACUGUUUUCUUAAUGAAGAAAUUCCUUUUUAAAAUAUUUUUCCAAAAUAAAUAUUAUGAAUGAUGA